UGACAUACCUCACUCUCCACAACCAUCUAUAUUACACACCCACCUUAUCAGGUGGUCUAUUUAACCAGAGAGGAAUUUCCCAUCAUCCCCUUUGCUCACACUGCUGCAGCAGUAUGGCUACCAGUUACUUAAGCCCCUCCACCACCCCAGCAUCCACCUGUAGGCUCCAACGGGGGGUUACAAGUAUUUGCUCAUCACUCCCAUCAUUCCUGUGUAAUCAUAUGGGGGAGUGAUUAAGUUGGAACCGAGACGCCAAACACAAUACCUGUUGUAAUGCUGCACUAAAUGUUUGUUCGUGAGUUUACUGACUGAACUUUAUUUAUUGAUGGCUAUCAGGGCGUGAAGGGGAUUUUUUUAAAGAAACAAAGGACCAACCUUACCUUUAACUACUUAUCUGAAAUGGAUAUGAAAUUUCACUCAUUCGGCAGGAGCUGCAGCAGUUACCUCGUUCUUGCUGAUCUCGUCUCGUGAGAACUCUGCAAGUUACUGCAGUAGCAACUAGGAGGAGGAUAACAGCGGACGUUUAGGCUUAAAACUUUGAAUAUGGAAUGUCGUGGGCUUACAGACACUUGGAUGACACCACACGAGCAGUAUGGAGGCAUUUCAGAUUUUUUGUUGUUAUUUAUUUACGUUUGAAGAGGUGGUCACCAUUUACUUCAAUUCUAUUGAAUUUGACUGCAACACUGUUGACCCCUGAGACUCCAGAAGUGUUUUGUGGACUCAAACACUCCACCCACCCCUCUAUCGGCAUAGUGGCGAGUAGAGAAUGAGUUAAGUUUCAUUUUUUCGUGAACUAUCCCUUUAAGGGCUUGUUGCGUGAAUGUAGGCAGCUUAACAAAAAUAAUUAGAAAACCCCACAUCACCAUCUAGCGGUCAGAGCAGAGACUGCCCCAGCACAAGGAUCCAGUCCGGUGAUUGGAAGCAGCCCUGUCUCGCUUCAUGGCGCAGUCCAUUCCUCCAGGAGGCCUCCCCGUGUUUUGCGGGACACCCCCCCCACAGAACAGCGGCUGUAAAGCAGCAGCCGCCUCGGGUCAGUCCACCCUCCUGCAAGUCAUCCUGACUCCAGUUGUUUUUAAACAGUUGUGUGUGUGUGUGUCUCGUGUUGUCGGGUGUGUUCCUCCCUCAAUCAGCGGCUCGGCGACAGUGACAGCACCUGUCCGCGCUCACUUCCACCAGCACACACCGGUUUAGCAACUUGGGGCAGCUAGCAGCACCAAAAACCACAUGGACCCUCAAAACACCGACAGCACCGGGGCGAAGAUGUGGCUGAACCACGCCAAGACACUGCGGCUCCACACCGGGAACCUGGUGAACCGCAGCCGCCUGAAGAAGAAGUGCCCGGGCUCCCCCAGCGAGGAGCUUCAAGACUGCAUUCAAGCUACACUGAGGGACUGGUUUUCAACUACAAAGCCGCCAUGUGAGAACUUCACAGAUACACUGGACUGCUCCAUUCCCCAGCCAACAGACGCCAUCACACCUGAGGAGAGGGAGGAGGUGAAGGUUUCAGUCAAGCUGUUCCUGUGUGAGUCACUUCAGUCGUCCAUCAGAGAUGCAGUGGAGAUGGCCUGCCAGACACUGGCAGUGUCCCAGCUUGACUCUGUUAUCAUAGCGCCACCUGGGCCCCUGGAGGGUGACGGUCAAACACUGGCUCACCUUCAGCCAGCCUGGGAGGAGCUGGAGACCCUGGUGAGGAGCCAGCGGAUCGCUGCCAUUGGCACCUCUGACCUGGACAAAGAUCUGAUGGAACAGCUUUACAACUGGGCGCAGGUGAAGCCGAGCAGUAACCAGGUCAACCUGGCCUCCUGCUGUGUGAUGCCUCCUGACCUCACCGCUUUUGCUAAAGAGUUUGACAUCCAGCUGCUCACACACAACGAUCCCAAAGAGCUGAUGUCAGCAGCCACUUUCAAACAGGCGUUGAAGGAGGGAACACAAGACCCGAACAUCGCCGACUGGAGGCUGGAAUGGGUCCUGCGUUACUCCAUUAUUGUCAAGAGCAGGGGCAUCAUCAAGUCUAAAGGCUACCUUGUCAGUGCAAGGAAGGCAAGCCCCUAGCACACCCCCACCAGAGAAGACGACCGGGAUGAAGCCAUUUUCAUUCACACACACAGACACACACACAGACACACACACAGACACACACACACACACACACACACACGACAUGCAGUAAUGGCGCUGAAUACUGGAUGCUGCUAAUCAAAAUGGGUCCUGAAGUCAUUGAUUUAUCUUACAGAUAAGGUUCCAUCUUCUUCAUAUAUGAUUUGUUCGGUUUAACAGAUGCAGGUAUCCAUCACAUCGUCUCAGUGAGAUCAAAAAUUUUAGAUGAACGCGCGAUAUGAACCCAACUGUCAGUUUGGAGAGACAAGACUGUGAAACUCAUGUUUCACUAUGACCAGUACACUGACAGUCUUUUACCACCACAGCAGAGGCUGCUUUAACUAUGGGAAAUGAUGGUUGAUCCAAGAUGAAGGUUCCCUGACCCUGUUCUCAUGUGAAGUGCCUCAACUUUUUCUCCUUCUAUCCUCCUACCUGCUUUGUCUCCACUGGGUCUGUGUGAAUCGAGCUUUAAACAUGUUGAGUCUGAAUGAAAAGAUUAUGAUUGCAGCAAAAGUAAAGGGUAGAAAUCUAUUGUUUUUAGCAAAAAAUUAUUCCAAACAUUUUUAAAAGGAUAAAUGGAAACUAAUAUAGUGUGAAAAAAGUUUUAUAUUUGUGCAGUUUUGGUUACUGCUGUAUAUGACACCAUUGCAUUCCACAAUUAAGAAAAACAUGCACUUUCAUAUUUCAAUACCCAAAUAUAUAUAUGAGCUGUUUAUUUUAUGAUGCAGACUUUUAACUGGUUAAACGGACAGCUGUUAAAGUAUAACUUUAAACUGUUGUGUUUUCUAACCAUGCAAUAUUUCUGACGAUGCAUUGAAAUAUAUUCCCCCCCAACGCUCGUGAUUAAUUUGAGGGUUGAAAUUAGAGCACUGUUUUGAGAUUGACAGAAAUAGGCCGAUGUCAUCUAUGUGUUGUUAUUCUAUCACUGGAAACUAUGUCUGAACUGAGAUGAGGUAGAAUGUUAACUCUGAGGAAGAAGUUAUUGUUUACGAAUCAUGCUUGGUUUCCAGAUCAGAUCCUGGUCAGAUCUCAUGAAGACAAAUUAUCUGUUGCGCUGUAAACAUAUUUAAUGCUGUCAUAUCUGUAUAUCAUGACCUGGCUUUAUUAAAAUUAUGAAAUGCA